GUUUCACACCAGAACUGGUGCAAAGUUUCGCAGCAAAAGCCAGUAGUCGUAGGUGGUCAGUCAGGCAAUCACCGUAAAAGUUUCACACCAGAACUGGUGCAAAGUUUCGCAGCAAAAGCCAGUAGUCGUAGGUGGUCAGUCAGGCAAUCACCGUAAAAGUUUUACACCAGAACUGGUGCAAAGUUUCGCAGUAAAAGCCAGUAGUCGUAGGUGGUCAGUCAGGCAAUCACCGUAAAAGGUUCACACCAGAACUGGUGCAAAGUUUCGCAGCAAAAGCCAGUAGUCGUAGGUGGUCAGUCAGGCAAUCACCGUAAAAGUUUCACACCAGAACUGGUGCAAAGUUUCGCAGCAAAAGCCAGUAGUCGUACGUGUUCAGUCAGGCAAUCACCGUAAAAGGUUCACAACAGAACUGGUGCAAAGUUUCGCAGCAAAAGCCAGUAGUCUUAGGUGGUCAGUCAGGCAAUCACCGUAAAAGUUUCACACCAGAACUGGUGCAAAGUUUCGCAGCAAAAGCCAGUAGUCGUACGCGGUCAGUCAGGCAAUCACCGUAAAAGGUUCACACCAGAACUGGUGCAAAGUUUCGCAGCAAAGCCAUUAGUCGUACGCAGUCAGUCAGGCAAUCACCGUAAAAGUUUCACACCAGAACUGGUGCAAAGUUUCGCAGCAAAAGCCAGUAGUCGUACGCAGUCAGUCAGGCAAUCACCGUAAAAGUUUCACACCAGAACUGGUGCAAAGUUUCGCAGCAAAAGCCAAUAGUCGUAUGUAA